UGAAAAUAUGAUUGCCAAUUAACAUGUUGGCUUCUAAUAUCUGUGGCUCUCUGCUGCAAGACACUAGUAGCUGCUAACAUAUCUGGAACAACCAUUUCGAAUUGAAAUUUUUACUGCGAUUUGGUAGGUAUUUUCGGCUCAAGGUCCAAAAUACAUAGAACGUCAAAAAAAUUUUGGUGGCCACUGGCAUAAUAGCCAAAACCAAACAAAACUAUUGUUGUCACGUGAGGGUGUAGACCACAUAAUUACUUUUCUAAUAAAAUUCUUUUAUAUUGUGUAUUAAAAUAAGGGUGGUGAAUAGUCGUUUUACUCAAACUUUUGCCAAUUAGUUUGGAAGAAAUUUAUUACGUUCUUUUAAGAUCUGUUCCAGCUCCUAAAUGAGAUGCCAUUUUGUCGUUUUGGAUCUAAUUUUAUACUCACACCCUUUUUAGCAAAACAGAACAGCUGAUGAUUUGAGUGAUUUGACCCAAGCCCUAGGUUGGUGUCUCGUGAUUAUUGACAAUUUAAAAAGUGCUGACAACAUAAUUUUAGAGAACUACACAUGUGAACUGUUUAUGCGUUAGACAAAGGUAGAGAUAUAUUUUGUAUUGCCGUAUUGAAAUUAUUAGCGCAAAAAAUUUGAAAUGGAAAUUAUUAAUCCCAGACCUAAAAAAUUUGGGAAAUUUUUGCCGAAUGUACCUCUUCCAGCUAUUAGAGAAAAAUUUAGGACGAGCGCGAAAAUAAAUUGCAAAUUUAAUGAAUUUUCAGUACAUAUUAAUGACCCCAAAGACAUAAAGUUGAUUUUUGAAAUGGGGUUCUUUGGUAAAGGUAAUUUUUCUAGAAGUUAUCCACAAUAUAACAAUGAAAAACCAGAUAUUUUAAGAAUUCGACAGUACGAUAAACGAAUGGAAUGGGCAUCAAAAAACCCUCUAAAAUUUAGAAACAAUAAAAAGAUUAUUAUUGUUCAAGAUUCUGAUGGUGAAUAUGAAGAUUAUUUCAAUGAAUUACAGCCUGUAUAUUCUGUUGAUAGAUCUGGAAUGAGAGAAGUCCUCUUUUUGAGUUUAGAAGAAGCCUUUUUUCUUGCCUAUUGUGUAGAAGCUUUGGCAAUUGAAGUUGAAUCACAAUACCUCGACCCUGAUACAUUAUGGGCAUCAUUUUCAAAAUGUGAUCCGUAUUUUGUAUGCAAUUAUGUUGCUUAUAAUUACUUCCGAACUAAAAAUUGGAUUGUGAAGCCGGGAAUAAAGUUUGGUGGAGAUUUUUUAUUAUAUAAAGAAGGACCAUCUUAUUACCAUGCAUCAUAUGUGGUAAUUUUGGAUGUUUUUCAUGAAGGCCGUAAACGAGUAGAAGCAUUGACUAAGAGAUCCAUGGACAAUAUUUCACUUCUGUGUUUAAACAGAUUAUGUGAAACAGCUGGAAAAGAACUUAUGGUUUGUGAAAUAACUCUACCAGAAGAAGUUGACUACAAGGAUCUGACAAAUGUUACAAUAAAGGAGAUCAUAAUAAAUAGAUGUUCUGAAUCAAUCGAACGUUCUUAAGUUGAUAGGCUGCAUAAUUAGUAACAGCAAUUUCUAAUAUGCCAUAUUAGAGUAGUUUUUUUAAUUUUUUUAAUCUAAGUAUGUAAGUUUAUUAUUUCUUUAAGGAAAUAUAUAUUUUUGAGAAACCAAUUUUUGUAAUACACAAAAUUGUACUUAUUUUAAAAUAUUUUUUUGCAUGUAGGUAUCCCAAUUUGUUUUAUUACUUAAAAUAAAGGUAACCAGUUAAUAAAAAAGAAUUUUUAGGAUAUAUUGCUCGAUAUAUUUUGUCUAUUGCUCUAUAAGCAAAUUUAUGAUUAAUUUUUAUUUUAUUUAUAUAAUUAAUAAAAAUUUGAUUAACAUUUUUUGUAUUCUUUCUGGAUUUAUUUAAUUUUCUUCACUGGUCUAUAAUGUUACUAUAGAUUAGUUUUCUUUGCAUAUGGACGACCUGUUUCUAUGGGGAAGACCCAUAUUAUUAUUAUUAUUAUUAUUAUGCAUCAACUUAAAAACAUUUUUUUAGUGACCCACAAAUACACAUUUCUUUAAAAAAAUAUCAACUAUCAUUAAACAUUUAUAAAUUGUUUGUGUAUCCAGUUACUUUCUAUUUUACCAGGGCUGCCGAGAGCAGGUGGGGCCCCAGGACAAUUUUUAUAAAGAAAAAAAAAAAAAAAAAAAAAAAAAAGGUCCUCAAGCAAAAACUUUUCGUUUUUAGUGAAAUCUAAAAAAGGGUCCCCCUUUUGCAUUUCCUUCUAUUUUUUGUAAAAAAAACCAAGUCCUCCCUUUUGUAGUGAACUUCUGAAAAAUAAAACGUCCUCACCUCACCCCUUGUGCCCGGAGCCCCGGGAAAUUGUUUCGCCAGCCCCCUCUCGUCGGCGCUGGGUUAUACAAGUGACAUCCAAUCUAAUUUUUUUAUUAUGAACUGAAUGGCCUUUCUAAAAACUAAAUAUUGGCCAUUUUGAUAAUACAAUCUUGAUUUAUUUUUAUUCUUCAUUACAUAUUUUGAAGCAAAUCACACUGGUUUUAGCAAAGCAAAAUUUUAAAAAUAAUUAUAUGGAUUAAAUUAUUUAAGGGGCCACUAUUGAAUUUGAACACUUUAACAAUAAUAGAUUUUAUUCUACUUCAAAAAUUACAUAUUUUAGCCUAAAUAAAAAACAGUCUAGUGAAAAUACAAUCAACUCAAUGUUAUGAUGUUUACUUUGAUUCCAUAUAUUCACAUCCAAUUGAAUGCAUUUCCAUUAUAUGAAAUAUAACAUGACAGUUUACAUCCCUAUUCUUUUCCUUUCUUUCGUAGUUAUUCCAGUUCGCCUGUAUUCUGAUCGUUCUUUCAGGUAUUCUUGUUUACACCGUUCUUUAAAUUCAUCGUUUUGAUACCAUUUCGUAAGGCAUUCUUUUAAUUUGGUAUUUUCUUGUCUGCAAUUUAUCACUAUCAGUAAACCAGCAUUUUUACCACAUUCUGAAAAUUCUUUAACUUCUUUAAAGCAUUUCUCUACUCUUGUUACCUCUCUCAUUUUCUUUGGAAUCAUUACUUCCAUUUCAACUUUCCGUAAAGAUAAGUCAUCUGGAU